CCUCCGAAUCGAUACGCCGCGCGUCACGUGCUGCCGAGCGCGACCAAUAGCGAGCGAGCGGCGGGCGGGGGCCGCUCUCCUCCGUCAGUGCACGACUGAACGCCGAGCGGGACGGUCGCUCGCUCGCCCACCGCUCGAUUUCACCGAAAACCGGUCCGAUAUAAACCCGUGUCAUGUUAUAGUGUUGUGCUAUGAGUGCGUGGACUGAGGAAGUGUUGUCCUGGCGUGACGAUCGGCUCGGCCUGACCGAGCUACCGAGCACGACGAGGCGGAAAAAUCGCACCGCGCCUUAUAGGCUUCACCGGCCGCACUUGUCGGCGCCCCACGUGCCGGAGCCCGUCCCGGAGGCACAGGGGACACACAUCACAAGGUUAUACCCGGAACUGUUAGCUCUCAUAUUCGAAAGGUUGCCAGUGCGUGACAGAGGACGAGCGGCCCAAGUUUGCCGCUCAUGGCGCGACGCAGCCGACCGCAGAUCUGUUUGGCGCGGAGUGGAGGCAGCCUUGCAUCUGAGAAGGCCAGCGCCAGUAUUAUUCGCUUCGUUGGCAAGACGCGGAGUUCGGAAACUACAGGUUCUGUCGCUAAGACGCGGAUUGAGAGAUGCGGUUGCCGCUUUACCCGGACUAGAAUCGCUUUCCUUGAGCGGUUGCUACAGCGUCACCGAUGCCGCUCUGGCGAGUGCGUUUGCAGCUGAACUGCCGGCAUUGCGACGGUUGGAUCUCUCGUUGUGUAAACAGGUGACAGAUUCAUCCCUCGGCAGAAUAGCGCAGUCAUUGAAAAACUUAGAGGAAUUGGAGCUCGGGGGCUGUUGCAAUAUAACUGACACCGGACUACUUCUGAUCGCGUGGGGCUUGCGAAAGCUGCGCCGUUUGAAUUUGAGGUCAUGCUGGCACGUCAACGAUGACGGAAUCGCACAUCUGUGCGGCGGAGGAGAGGCGAGAGGUACUCCAGAAUUGGAGCACUUGGGAUUACAAGACUGCCAAAGGUUGACGGAUGAAGCCUUGAGACACGCCGCUACUGGGCUGCCCAAUCUGAAGUCUAUAAACCUAUCCUUUUGUGUAGCUGUUACGGAUGCUGGCCUGAAGCAUCUAGCGAGGCUUGCGUAUUUAGAAGAUGUCAACUUAAGAGCGUGCGACGGCGUCUCGGAUGCGGGCGUCGCGCACUUGGCGGAGAGUGGACGAUUAAGAGCAUUAGAUGUAUCGUUCUGCGACAAAGUCGGCGAUGAAGCUUUGUCGCACGCGACGUUGGGCCUCUCUGGGCUGCGCUCGUUAUCUCUAAGCGCCUGCCGCCUGACUGACGAGGGCUUGGAAAGGGUGGCCAGGCUAUCGCAGUUGGAAACUCUUAAUAUAGGCCAGUGCACUCGGGUCACAGAUAGGGGACUUCGCGCCUUAGGCGAGGGCUUACGCAAUCUGAAGGCGAUAGACUUGUACGGAUGUACGUGUAUCACGCCACAAGGCUUGGACCAUAUCGUGAAGUUGCCGCGACUCAGUGUACUUAAUCUCGGUCUAUGGCAUGUGCGGUGACCACACACACACUAGCUUGUCUGUGUGUCCAGUGUCACGUGUGAGUGUGUGAGUGCGACGGCCAUGUUGAAGUGAAGGAACCGCCAAGGUUGUAUACUAAUACUGGACAGCGAUUGAGGAAUUAACCAAUUAUAAGAUAUUAAAUGUAGUUAGGAAACGGGGUUGCUUUCUCGUUCUGUUUUUGUCAGUUGAGUUAUCGUUGGAUGAUUGUUGGAGUAAACUGUGAUUUUUUUUUAAUGUCCUUUUUAGUUGAAUUAUUGUAAGAAAGUUGCCCCGACGCCUAGUCGCAAUGAAAAACUAGAUCUUUUUGUCUCGAGCCUUUAUUUUAAGAUGUUCCAUUUCAAAAACACGAUCUGAUGCAUACACGAUUGUUAUAAAAUUAUAAAAUCCAAAUCUACCGGAUUUCUGGAAAUGAGUUUAAACUCGAAUUGUUGCAUUUGUUAAGCGGCGUAUUGUGUACGUAAUUAUAGUCAUGUAAGCGAUUACGAAAAGGUCUAGUUUUUUUGUUUCUUAAUGUAAAUGCUCCAUUAGGUAGACACUUAGCCAUUCUUCUAAUUCUUAUCCUCGAUUCGACUUUGUGCAUUGGGAAAUAGCAAUUUGUUAAUAAGUUUCCCAAAAUUGUUUUGUGGCACUGAUGUUUUAAGGAAAUUGUUACGAUCAAAAUAAACUAAGUUCUCAUCACGGCCGGCAGCGAAAAACUAUCAAAAUAAACUAACUUCUCAUAAUGUUGGCGAUAAAUUUUGUAUGCUCUAAUUAAAUAUGUAUACAUAUUUCAAUUUAAGGGAAGUAUAUUAUUUUCUUUACCUACACUGAAAUGGAAGAGUAAAGUUAGUUCAUUAAGAAAGAGAAUGUUAACGAAAUAACACGAAAUGUUGCAGCCGUUGAUAAGUAAAAUUAUUACUAGCACGAUAUUAUUUAUUGUCUUCUCUAGGAUUUACCUAAUCUAUUUGUUGUUAUACUUUAUUUUCUAUUGUGCUUUAAACAAUGAACACAUAUUAUUAAACUAAACGUUGGCAAACUGCAACGCAGCUGAUUUCGAAAUUUAGUUCAUACAAUACAUAAAGACAACAAAAACUCCCAUAAUUGGAUGAGUAAAAUGGUCUACAAUUUUUAAAGUAGCCAUUUAACGCUUGAAAUUUCGGUCGCACAUUACAGAUCUUGUUCCCUCUUCACCGUUUCACGAUCAUACUGCAGGUCACUAAGACGGUUUUUAUUCUUAUGCCGUCAAUAACCCAAAAAUCCCACAAAGAGAUUUGCAUCUACUCUAACAAGCAUGGUUUGAACUCCGUUCUAGUUGUGUGUUUCCUGAUUCAUACAACAUGGGUUGUGAUCACGCCUUUAGGCAAACGCAUCCUACCUUAAGCCACAACUACAGUUUCUAGCUGGUAAGAUUGUGGUCAAGCGUAAGUUUAUUUCUAAUUGAUGGUAAAUCAAUACGUAAGUACUCACUUAUGUCCUUUUUAAGAGAAAAAGAACCGGCCGGAAACUCCCAAUAAAAGCCAUACGGUUUAAAGUUGCAACGCCUUCUUUGAAACCCAUCUAAUCUAAAUAAGUUAUGAUUCCGAUGCAUUUUACUUUAAUUUUGUAAGGUUUUAUUUAAAUUUUUUUCCGGUCUAUAAUCUAUCCUAUCCUACGUAGGAUGUAAUCUUUCUCUUUUAUUUAUAUUUCUGAAAUAUGUUCAGUCGUUUAUGUGUGAAAAGGUCAGAGAAAAACUGAAUUACUUUUCAAAUUAUAAAAUUUGUAUAGAUAAACUGAGUAAGUUGUUACUCCUAGAGAUAUUCAAAUCUCAGAUGUUAUUAAGACGUCUAAAAGAGGACCCACCAAUUAUUGCAAAGACGCAUUUAGGAAAAAAAUUCUCUUUAACAUAAAUCCUAGGUAUUAUAUUUUGUACGUAGGAGUUACGCCUUACGUCAUUAAAUAAAAUUUGUUUCUAAAUCAGAAUAUUGAAUAUACAUGUCUUACGGCUCUGAUCCGUUCCUGCAUCCCACUAACCUAACUGAUGUUGAAUGUCACUAUGAACUAACCUUAGAAUUAGAAUAACAAUAAUUAACACUAUUAUUUAGAUCUAUAAUUAAUAUUGAUCAAAGACAAAAUUUUUUUUUUAUAUUUUGAACAAAGUAGAUAAAUCUGGUCAUAGGGUUAUGUAUGUACAUUUUCCAAACGCUUUGUUUUACUACUCAAUGCCACGAUCUCACUUUUUACGUAAUUUUGAUAUUAUUGUUGUUUUUUAAUGUUCGUUUAUUAUAAAGGCACAUAGUCGAAUUGAGAAUAAUGUUUUUUUUUUUUUUCAAAAAUAUGUUGUUUCUGUACAAAACGAAUGUAAUAUAGGUGAAUUGUAUUAAAAGUCAUCGUUUAAGUUGCAAAUUAAA